CAUUGUUCCCACCUUCAAGUGGAGUGGUCUUGUUGCGCCAACCGUUGAAGGGCAGCACUGAGGGGGGGUAGGGUAUAACUGUGGCAGCGAAAUUUCACAGUGUGUGGCACCUGCCUCGUAUAUAUAUCUUCAGUUAAAUGUCAUAGGUUAUAAAGAAAUGGAGUGGGCGAGUGUAUGGCGGAAUUUUCAGUUGUUGUCUGAUGUGUCUUCCAGAUAGAUCAAAGGGAAGAUUAGAUCAGUAUGAAAUUAGUGACUUGCGUUACAUGAAUAUUUCUAAUCAUGAUUACUGUAAUGAUAUUUAUUCCUCGCGAUCUCUAUGAUAAAGACAGCUGUCUUUUAUAUGGAAAUUUUGUUCUAUCCUCCAGGGGCAACAUAGCAAUAUUUUAUGUUUUGCAACUGUUGCAAAAUGUGAAGGAAAGGUCAAGUGUCAACUUGACACAUGUUGGACAGUAUAUCAAAAGUGAAACAUCGUAUGCAAAUGUUGCCAAUAGAAGUAUAAAUUGGCUUACUGUUGGAAAUAAAUAUAAUGAUCUUUUUGUAAAGACGUUAGUUGUUCAAGGAGAGACAGUAAACAUGACUUCUCCAAAAAUUAUUUUCAUCACUUAUGACUUACCAAUUUUCAUUAAUACAGAACUUCUGUUCUUUACUGCCUGUGAAAGAGAAAUGGAAAACGAUGAAAAUUACUUUAGGACAUUAAUGUACAACAUUAAGUAUUGUUACACAAAUAUCUCAAAUACCAACCAGAAAACUAGCAAAAGAAUUAUUCUUUUUGUUUUAGAGUAUUUAAUAUUGUUCUUGAAUGGGGUGCUUGCAGGUUUUGUGGUGUUGUUACCUGUGUUAAAAUUAAGUUCUCUUUGUAUUCGUCUUCACAAUUCCCUUGAAAGCUUUAGAUGGGCUCUAGAUGGCCAGAUAUACCACAAAUCUUCCAAAUUAAAAAUUGGCAAUUACGUUGUUGCCACCCUUGUUGACAUUAUUAGUGGUUAUCUAAUUUUGUAUUGGUUCAUGUCCUUAGUGUCUUCAACAUUACCCUCACAAUUACUAUUGCAUUCAGCUGAGGAGGUUGUUCAUACUCUCCAGGAAUUAUUGAAAUGGUUGAUGGGUAUUCCAGCAGGCCUGAAAUUAAAUUUUGCUUUUAACAAAAUGCUUGGCAAAUUCUUUGUGUAUCAUAUAAAUCUGUGGUGGACAUUUCUAGUUCUUGCAGAGCCUGUUUUAGACUUUAUUUUCUUCAUUUUCCUCUGUUUUGGUCGCCUGGGAUUAACUUUUCAAGCUGCUAUUUUGGCGGACCUUUUAGCAUUGGCAAGCUUCCACGUUUACUGUAUCUACGUAUAUGCUGCAAGAUUGUAUAAUCUUCAGAUAUCUGGCCUUUUGGCUCUUUGGAGGUUGUUUCUAGGACGAAAGAAGAACCCGUUGCGUGGUCGUGUUGAUUCUUGUGAAUAUACGGCCAAUCAGCUUUUCAUAGGUACAUUGGCCUUCACCAUCUUGUUAUUUCUGCUGCCUACUACAUUUAUGUACUACAUAGUAUUUUCAACGAUGGAUGCAUUAAUCUAUGCUUCCCUACAUAUGCAAGUACAAACAAGAAAAUCUGGCGUUCCAUUAGUAUUAUCAAUGACACCUGUCAGAGGUUCUCUAUGGAAAACUAUCAAGAAAAGUAUCCCAGAUCCUGUGAAGAAGCCGUCUGCUAUUAUGUGGGGAUCUCUUUUAAAAAGUAUUGUUACUGGACAGUUGAUAUAUCCUAUGUAACUAAUAUUGAAUAUCAAGUAUAUAAUAAAUUAUUUAAUGUAUUAUUGAAGUCAACUAUUUAAUAAAUACUUUACUUUCCUGAUGGCCA